AUGCGACUGUCAGAAAUCUGAAUAAGCGCAUGCCUGUGCAAGUCCGUGCUUUUAUCGUGAGUCGUGAGAUCGAGAGCGAGGUGUGGUUUUUGCGGUUACAUUUGUAGCCCACUGUCGAGGAGUACUUCGUCAGUGCGAGCCGUUUAAAAUACGAAAUCAAGAUGAUCGGACGUCUUCCUGCGUGUGUUAUCGACGUGGGUACAGGAUACACAAAACUAGGCUUCGCAGGAAAUAAAGAACCUCAACUUACGAUACCGUCUGCAAUAGCCAUUAAAGAAACAGCCAAAGUUGGCGAUAAUAAUGCUAGAAGAAUUACCAAAGGAGUAGAAGAUUUAGAUACCUACAUUGGAGAUGAAGCAUUUGAAGCAACUGGUUAUUCUAUUAAGUAUCCAGUGAGACAUGGAUUGGUCGAAGAUUGGGAUUUAAUGGAAAAAUUUCUUCAGCAAUGCAUAUUUAAAUAUCUGAGGGCAGAACCUGAAGAUCAUUAUUUCUUGCUCACUGAACCACCUCUUAAUACACCAGAAAAUAGAGAAUAUACAGCAGAAAUUAUGUUUGAAUCUUUUAAUGUACCAGGAUUAUAUAUUGCUGUGCAAGCAGUAUUAGCUUUAGCAGCUUCUUGGACAUCUAAAAAUGUUGAAGAUAGAACAUUGACAGGUGUUGUUGUUGACAGUGGAGACGGAGUUACACAUGUGAUACCAGUGGCAGAAGGCUUUGUUAUAGGUAGUUGUAUAAAGCAUAUACCUAUUGCUGGUCGUGAUAUAACAUAUUUUAUACAAAGUCUUUUACGAGAACGUGAAAUUGGAAUACCUCCUGAACAAUCAUUAGAAACAGCUAAAGCUAUAAAAGAAAAAUAUUGUUAUAUUUGUCCUGAUAUUUCUAAAGAAUUUGCAAAAUACGAUAGUGAUCCUACCAAAAUAAAAAAGUAUGAAGGUAUUAAUAGUAUCACGAAACAGUCUUUCAUUGUAGAUGUUGGGUACGAAAGAUUUUUAGGACCAGAAAUAUUUUUUCACCCUGAGUUUUCCAAUCCUGAUUUCACAACUCCACUUAGUGAAAUAGUUGAUGAUGUCAUACAAAACUGUCCAAUAGAUGUCAGAAGACCACUAUAUAGUAACAUUGUUUUAUCAGGAGGUUCUACAAUGUUUAAAGAUUUUGGAAGAAGAUUGCAACGUGACAUUAAAAGAAUUGUUGACGCUCGUCUGAAACUCAGUGAAACAUUAAGUGGUAGCCAUAUCACGCCAAAACCUAUAGAUGUGCAUGUAAUAUCACAUCAUAAACAACGUUGUGCAGUAUGGUACGGAGGUGCACUCUUAGCUAGUGAUCCAGAAUUUUAUACAGUAUGUCAUACCAAAAAAGAUUACCAGGAAAAUGGACCUGGAAUUUGUCGUUAUAAUCCAGUAUUCCAUAGUAUGGUAUAAACUAAGGAGUUCAUGAAAUUAGGUCUUGUGGAACAAUGAUGAACAUCAAUUGUCAUAUUUAAAUUUGACAAUAUUAUUUGAACCAUCUAUUCCUUUUCUGUUCCCACUAUCUGCCUUCAAAGUUUUCAAUUGAAGAAAAGAAGUGGGUUUUUAAAUGGUGCAAUUAAUAACUAAAAAUGCCUAGUGCAUUUAGGGAACGCACAUAAAUGCAUACAUCCUCGUGCCGAUUGAGCACAUUAAGAUAAGCAAACAAAAUCUGCAUUUAAUAAAAUUCUAGGAAAUGAUUAAAUUUAUAAUACGACUAGAAAUUAACAAUAAGAUUAUAUUACUGAACAAUUGUAUACAUCUGUAAAUAAGUGCGUUGGAAAAUAAUAAUUUUUUUCUAAUGAACACAGGCGUUUGGGUAAAUUAGAAAUUUUGUUUAACAGAAUGAUAUCCUCUAUUACAUGUUUAUAUUACAUAACCUAUUUAUCACUUCGGUAAAUUUACAAUACAUUUGAUACCUCUUAUAUUCAUUCCAUUAUGUAGAAUUUUUCCAAAACGAUAUAUUUCAAACUAAAAUUUGCAAGUAUAUAGGAGAAUAUAGAUUCGACUCGAAUUCUACGUGUGAUAGAGAAUGGAUUCUUAAAGAGUAAAUGAAACGAUGUGAAAGAGUUGGGAAAGAGACCUACUUUCUACAACAUAUUCAAUCGCCAUCGUUGGCGUUGAACCGGGCAAAAUUUAAAUCAACUGCACACUGUUAUAUCUUACGACGAUCGCGGCUGUUACCAAUAGAUGUAACAAUCAAUGAGUUAAAUACUAUAAUAUCUAAAUAAAAUUAUUUAGUUAUGCUUCAUGAUUUGUUCAAAUUUCAUUGUUAUUUAUCAAUUUAUCAAUUGACUGUAAAAUAAAUGUUCAAUACUUUUGCAGUUGAUAACUAAAUAUUCCAAAUAUUGUAAUCUUAAAAGAGGUAUUUUUUUACAACUGCAUGACAAAUUAUAAUAACAAGAGUAAUGCAAACUCGCCGAUAUGUAUUUAUAUAAACACCUUGAGCUACCUUACGCUCGAUCGUCAUUUUGAUCG